GAGAGGGUCUUUGCCUGUCUGUCCCAUCUCGACCUCCGCCAUGUUGAGAAGGGCAUUUCCGGUAUUCCCCGCUCAGGCUAGGCCGCCACGUUGAGAAAGUCAUUACCACGUGACCACAGAGCUCCCCUGUGCCCGCCAUGUUGAGAGGGGCAUUCUCGAAGACUGAGGUUCCUUCUUCCCCCGCCUUGGGGCUUACGUGAAAAGCUGUUUUAAAGAUGGCGGCCAUCAGAAGGUUUCUGAUAUCUGAAUUUUGGGGGGCUACUUUGAAAACCAAGAAAUGGCAUCAUCAUCUUUACAAAUCUCUGCACUGCUUCUGGCUUCGGUGGGGCUCAUCAUUUUACUUGUUACGACUGUGUCCAACAAAUGGAAAAUUUCCAGUACUGCAACAGCAGUUAUUACUGCAAACUGGAUUUACGAAGGCCUCUGGAUGAACUGUGCAGCUACUGCCUUGGGUUCGGUUCAGUGCAAGAAAUUUUUCUCCUUGCUGAGUUUAGACAUUUACAUACAAGCAUGUCGUGCUCUGAUGAUCAUUUCCAUCGUCUUAGGUCUCUUGGCUACUGUGCUGUCAUUGUUUGGUUUAAAGUGCACACAAGUUGGGAUGAGUAAUGAAAAUACAAAAGUAAAGAUUUCUGUAAUGGGGGGAGCGAUCUUCAUUUUAUCAGGACUCUCAUCCAUGGUGGCUGUUUCUUGGUAUGCUGCAAGGAUUACUGCUCAGUUUUUUGACCCACUGUAUGGUGGAACCAAGUAUGAACUAGGAGAUGCACUAUACUUAGGCUGGGCUGGAUCGAUUCUGUCUAUGCUUGGUGGGAUCUUCUUGACUUGUUCAUGCAAAAGGGGAAAAAGAGGAAAGCACAGUGACCGCAAGUAUGACUACUCAGCUGGCCAGGCAGCUCAUCAGCCAUGCAUUUACACCAAAAAUUCUGAUACAGUCAUGACAUCCAAAGAUUAUGUGUAAACUCUUAUUUUUUUUAAUUGUUUGUACGUUAACAUCUUGUCAAUCCAAAUAAAAAGAUAAAUUAAUUUUUGA